GACCUCGGUGCUCAUAAAAAGCACUACAGGAAGUCUCCUAUCAGACAGACCUCUUGUCCUCUUGUCCUGCAUCUCUCUCUCUCUCUCUCUCUCCUCUAUGCACACACACUCUUACACACACUGUGAAUAUUAGAGAGGAAACAAUUGUGUUUGUAUGAAAACUUCACGAGGGAAUCGAGGAUCAGAGAAACGAUCCCUGAUAUUUCACCCAAUCACAGUGAACCUCCCUCACCAUGGAUUCAGACUCCUCCUCCCUUAAUCUGAGCACGUCGAGCGAUCCGACGUCCCUCAGUGACGUCUCGAACCGGUCGUGCGAUUAUCUCUCGCUUUCCACCCAUCACUACCAGAAGACCCUCAUUCCUGUUAUGUACUUCCUAAUCUUCAUCCUGGGUUUCCUUGGGAACAUGCUAGCAGUGUGUGUGCUAGGUCAGAAGUCGCUGAGGUGCACUGUUGCUAACACGUACCUGUUGAACCUGGCCCUGUCCGACCUCGUCUUUCUUAUCGGCCUUCCGUUCUGGGCGGUGCAUUACCUCCGAGAUUACGACUGGCCAUUUGGUUCAUUCAUGUGCAAGCUGUGCAGCUCUUUGACCUCGCUAAACACCUACGCUAGCAUCUACUUCAUCAUGGGAAUGAGCAUCGAUCGGUAUCGCGUCAUCGUCUACCCUCUGCAGUCACACUGCACCGAGACUGUGUAUCACGCCAGGACCGUGUUUCAUGCCAGGUGUGUGUGUGCCGUGAUCUGGGUCCUAGCGACUCUCACCACCAUCCCGGCGCUUGUUUUCCGGGAAACGCAUUACUCUACCGAGUACAAUAUCACAUUCUGCGCGAUGAACUACCCUAACAUGCACUGGCACGGGAUGCUAACGCUUGCUAAAAACACCUUUGGCUUUCUGAUCCCUUUAAUUGUCAUAGCAACCUGCUACAGCCGAAUCAGGUGUCACCUGCUAGCCACCCCGGAGCUGGUGGAACCUGAUCCAUCACGUCUGGAGCGCGUUCGGCGUGUUGCAUUUGCCAUAGUUACGGCGUUCUUCGUCUGCUGGUUCCCGUUUCACACGCUGUCCUUCAUGAGCGUGUUGCAGGAGCUCGGCGUGGUCUGGAGCUGUAAAGUUCAGCAGGUGAUGAGCAUCGUGUUCGCUCCGGCGCUCUGCCUCGGCUUCGCCAACUCCGCCAUCAACCCGCUGCUCUAUUGUUUUGUGGGGAACCGAUUUCGGCAGCAGCUGCGCCGACUCUGGGAGGCAAAAGUGCAAAAGAUGGGAAAGCAGCGGAGCGACUCUGUGAGCAUGCAGAUCAGCUCAUUCUCAAGAAAACUCAGUGAGACCAAAGAUACAAUGGCUUCUGUUAAUGUGGAGGACAAACUGUGAUUUAUACACUUUACAGGGUGGAACUUUACACUGAAGGACAUUGCAGGUCAUGGGGUUAUGUCAUGACGGGACUGUCUUUUAUAUGGACACAUCAAGUUGACAGCAGACGUGGAAAUGACCACGAACCCCACAACAAACAUCUGCAGGUUCUGACAUCGUAAGAAACAUCACAGCUAUGAAGAAGUGAACCCCAGAAUAAUGAGUGAACUCACGAGCAGGACAAAAUCAACACAGAAUAGUGCCUCACUUCCAACUACCUUAACACACCCAAAAACCCUCCUGCCCCAACCACCCCUUUGUCCCCCUAAAGCCUAAUGCCCCACCCACCCCUUUUCCCCCUAAAGCCUAAUGCCCCACCAACCCCUUUGUCCCACUAAACCCUCCUGCCUCACCCACCCCUUUGUCCCCCUAAAGCCUAAUGCCCCACCCACCAACCCCAUCCUCCCCCUUGUUGAAGCCAGAUAAUUUUACUUAAGACACAAAAAUAUAUAUAUAAAAACACCUAAAUAUAUUAUCUGUAUAAAGGAUGCAAUGUUUCACUGUUAUCAUCGACAUUGUUUACUGAUUUAUAACCUGAAGGCAUUUAGCGUGUCAUGUAUGCUAGCGUUUCAGGGGCGCCAGGUUACGCUAAAUCCUGCUAAUAUUUAUAAUGUUUAUAUUUAUAACGUGGCUGUUCAUUGUUAAAGCUGUGGUUAGAGCACAAUAAAGGCAUGUUAGAGAAACAGUUAGAAGGACGGUGAGCUAGCUAAAUGAUCAGGUAAGAGAAAGAGUCAUAUGUUCGCUCCUUCACUCGUUCACUCGUUUAUUCCUUCACUCCUUCACUCGUUCGCUCGUUUAUUCCUUCACUCGUUCACACUGGCGUCUGACACUCGAGCUUCCUGUUUGGACAAUUUCACGGGGCCUUGCAGUGCCUGGGGCCGCUAAGCAUGGGAGAAUGUUAGCAAUGUUACAAAAUUUCACAGAAUGCAUGACAUCACCGAUCACACACACACACACACACACACACACACACACACACACACACACACACACACACACACACACACACACACACACAGAUAAGACCUCUGAGUAAUAAUACUUUAUGUUUUAUGGACAGAUUUAUUGUUUUGAGCUGCUUUUCUUGGCUGAUCUGCUGGCAGGUUUUGUGUGUGUGUGUGUGUGUGUGUGUGUGUGUGUGUGUGUGUGUGUGUGUGUGUGUGUGUGUGUGUGUGUGUGUGUGUGUACAAGUUUUCUUUUAGUUCUGGUAUUAAGUUUGUGGAAGAACCACAUUGGAAUGAAGAUCAGGUUUCUAUGGUAUUAUAGUAAAGUGUAGAAAUAUGGAAAAUAAAUAAAUAAAUAAAUAAAUAAAUAAAUAUAAAAUUACAUGAAAACAAACAAACAAAAACAAAUAAACAUCUUUUAAAAAUG